GGAAGAAUUGUUCUGAGACACCCUCCCGCCCCCCUCCAGCUCGCCCGCCGGCCAAAGCGCUCCGCAGAAUCCGAUGGGGGCAAAGCGCGCCAGGCAGCACCAGCAGCGCCACAUCCGGGUCCCCCCCGCCACCGAAGCGUUACGCAACUGAUGACUCCGCCCCCUCAUCGAACCCUCACGCCCCGGCUCUCCCUCCCCAGCCCCUAGUUAGUACUUCAGUGGGGCGGGAGGAAAACUGCGAAGUCCCUUUCUGAUUGGGUCCCUCUCCUUGGGCGUGCGCGGAUUGGUCGGAGUCCUGAGGGGCGGGUCCUGGAGGCCCGCUUGAAGGCCAUUGGACGACGACUUUUGUGAGCUGCUCGCUCAUUGGCGGAGAGGGGCGCUAGGUCUCGGGCUGGGGGAAGAAGCCAUUGGCUGGAAAGUAGGUUAGUGGUGCGACGUUCAGUGGCAAGCCAGGCGGAAAGUAGGUCAGGGACGGGGGCUGCUUGCGCUGCUCAUAGCCCUCACCGCGCCGCCGAGGGGCACCGACCCCCUCCCCCCAUACGUUUUAUGUAGGAGCAUGAACUGCCUCCUGGUACUCCCCAGCUCCAUCCGGAGAAGACUUCACAGGUCAUGGAACAUUGGAAGAGAACAAUAGGUUUUUGAAAGAGCUUGACUAACAAACUGCAGAGCAUGAAAGAAGUUUUAAGGUGAUUGCUGAGGCAGAAUCAGCUAGCAGAUUGAGUGCAGGCCUUUUCUUCUAGGUUGGAGCUAGGCUUCCAGAAAGUAAGUUCUAAGACGAUCCAAUGGCUGACCAAAGGAUGGACAUUUCCUCUACAAUUAGUGAUUUUAUGUCACCAGGACCCACCGACCUAAUCUCUAGUUCCCUUAGCACUUCAGGAAUGGAUUGCAAUAGGAAAAGGAAAGGAAGUUCUACUGAUUAUCAACUUGAUGGAUUUUCUUUUGAAGAAGGUAUGGAUACAGAUAAAGAUGACCAACACGGAAGGUUGGAAUAUACGGACCAACAAGGCAGAAUAAAAAAUGCAAGAGAGGCUCAUAGCCAGAUUGAAAAAAGACGUCGAGAUAAAAUGAACAGUUUUAUUGAUGAAUUGGCAUCUUUGGUACCAACGUGCAAUGCUAUGUCCCGAAAGCUAGAUAAACUUACUGUACUGAGAAUGGCUGUUCAGCAUAUGAAAACAUUACGAGGUGCCACAAACCCAUAUACAGAAGCAAACUACAAACCUGCUUUUCUGUCAGAUGAUGAAUUAAAACAUCUUAUUCUCAGGGCAGCAGAUGGAUUUCUGUUUGUUGUGGGCUGUGACAGAGGGAAGAUACUGUUUGUUUCAGAAUCUGUCUUCAAGAUCCUCAACUACAGUCAGAAUGAUCUGAUUGGUCAGAGUUUGUUUGACUACCUUCAUCCUAAGGAUAUUGCGAAAGUUAAGGAGCAGCUCUCUUCUUCUGAUACUGCACCACGAGAAAGGCUCAUAGAUGCAAAAACUGGACUUCCAGUUAAAACAGAUAUAACACCUGGGCCAUCAAGACUUUGUUCUGGAGCAAGACGUUCCUUCUUUUGUAGGAUGAAAUGCAACAGACCUUCAGUGAAAGUAGAAGACAAGGAUUUUCCUUCCACCUGCUCAAAGAAAAAAGCAGACCGCAAAAGCUUUUGCACGAUUCAUAGCACAGGAUAUUUAAAAAGCUGGCCGCCAACGAAAAUGGGACUAGAUGAGGACAAUGAGCCAGAUAAUGAAGGCUGUAACUUAAGCUGUCUUGUUGCAAUUGGACGGUUACAUCCUCAUGUAGUUCCUCAACCAGUCAAUGGCGAGAUCCGGGUUAAACCUACAGAAUAUGUCUCUCGACAUGCAAUAGAUGGGAAGUUUGUUUUUGUAGAUCAGAGGGCAACGGCCAUUCUGGCAUAUUUACCACAGGAACUUCUAGGCACUUCAUGUUAUGAAUAUUUUCAUCAAGAUGAUAUAGGACAUCUUGCAGAAUGCCACAGACAAGUUUUACAGACAAGAGAAAAAAUUACAACUAAUUGUUACAAGUUUAAAAUAAAAGAUGGCUCUUUUAUUACGUUGAGAAGUCGCUGGUUCAGUUUCAUGAACCCUUGGACCAAAGAAGUAGAAUACAUCGUCUCAACAAAUACAGUUGUUUCCACCAAUGUACUUGAUGGUGGAGAUGCAGCAUUUCCGCAGCUUGCAGCUUCUCCUCACAGCAUGGACAGUGUACUUCAGGCUGGAGAAGGUGGCACAAAAAGGACCCAUCCUACAGUUCCUGGUAUUCCAGGUGGAACAAGAGCUGGGGCAGGUAAAAUAGGUAGAAUGAUCGCUGAGGAAAUCAUGGAGAUUCAUAGGAUAAGAGGGUCAUCACCUUCCAGCUGUGGUUCCAGUCCAUUGAACAUUACCAGCACACCACCCCCUGAUACGUCUUCUCCAGGAGGCAAAAAGAUUUUGAAUGGUGGAACUCCAGACAUUCCCUCUGCUGGUUUACUAUCUGGGCAGAUCCAGGAUAAUUCUGGCUAUCCAUAUUCCGACAACUCCUCCAUUCUUGGGGAGAACUCUCACAUAGGCAUAGAUAUGAUAGACAACGACCAAGGAUCAAGCAGCCCCAGCAACGAUGAAGCUGCAAUGGCAGUUAUAAUGAGUCUUUUGGAAGCAGAUGCAGGCCUCGGAGGCCCUGUGGAUUUUAGUGACUUACCAUGGCCCUUGUAA